AAACUUCAAAAUCUGCUUCUCCUUCUCCUUUAUUCUGUCGACCUCAAGAAUUAUUAAAAAUUGAUAUUAUUCAAUGUCAAUUUGAAUAUUUUGCUGGAAGACCUUCUGCUGUUAUAAAUUCAAAAUAUAUUGGUGAUUUAGCUUUUUUAUAUAGAAUUGGUGAUUCUAUGCAAUCUGAAGGUGGGGGUGAAAUUUCUUUUUGUUUAAAUGGAAUGUCCGACGAAGUUUCUAUUCCAUUUAAUCAAUUGACCGGAUUCAAGAUCACUAGUGAUGAAAAAAUUAAUUUAAGAUUUAAACCGAAUAUUCAAAGAACUUAUCGUCAUCAUCUUGGUGGUUAUCCUUAUCUUUUAGAACCAACUAUUUCUACUUCGGAUCCAACUAAUGGAAAGUUUAAUGCGUUACAUUCUCUUCUAUUGGCUCCUGACCGUUCUGGAAACCUUUCUAUGUUGACCGAAAUUGCUCUUGGAAUUGAAAAAUUGUGGUUCCGUAAACAUGGCGUUAAUAAUGAACUUGUUAAAGAUAGUCAUAAAAAAAUGUAUUUGACUUGCGUAUUUCCAACUGAACGACGAGCACUUGCUUAUCCAAUUGAUUCUCCAUAUCACAGAUUAUUAUUCGAUCUUGAAACAAGAUUUAAUUUAAAUGCUAGUAAAAUUAAUCUUAGAUUUAAGAAUAGUCGGGGUGAUAUGAUUGGAUUAAAAGAUGAAGAAUCUUGGAAAUUGGCGAAAAGUGAAGCUAAUGGAAAAAAUUUGAUUAGAUUAGAUAUUUAUAUUUGGUGA